AUGCGCACUUCUGCCUUCUCUGUCCUCGCGCUGUGCGCGGCUGCCUCCGCAGCGCCGGCUGAUUCUUUUGCCAAGCGGACCAAGUGGUCCAUGGCCACUCGUUCGUCUUCUUCGGCCACUUCUUGCACUUUCAACUCGGCUGCGAGUGCCAGUGCCAGUGCUUCUUCCUGCUCCACUGUCGUUCUCGACAACAUUGCCGUUCCUGCCGGUGAGACUCUGGACCUGGAAGAUCUCCAGGAUGGCACCAAGGUCAUCUUCAGUGGUGAGACCACCUUCGGAUACAAGGAGUGGGACGGUCCCCUGAUCCGCAUCUCUGGAUCGAACAUUGCCGUGUCCGGUACCUCCAACCACACCAUCAACGGUGGUGGAGAAAGAUGGUGGGACGGUGAGGGCUCCAAUGGCGGCAAGACCAAGCCCAAGUUCUUCUACGCCCACGGCCUGGACGACUCGACCAUCACUGGCCUGAACGUCAAGAACACCCCGAUCCAGGCUUUCAGCGUCCAGUCUGACAACAUUGUGCUGAGCCAUCUCAACAUUGACAACUCCGACGGAGAUGACAAGGGCGGCCACAACACCGAUGCUUUUGACGUUGGUGAGAGCAACGGCGUUACCAUCCGCAACGCUGUCGUGAAGAACCAGGAUGACUGCCUGGCUGUCAACUCUGGCACCAACAUCAUUUUUACCGGCGGUACCUGCUCUGGCGGCCACGGUCUCUCCAUCGGCUCCAUCGGUGGCCGUGAUGACAACACCGUCAAGAACGUCACCAUCUCCCACUCCACCGUCACCAAGUCGCAGAACGGAAUCCGCAUCAAGGCCAAGUCUGGUGAGACUGGCUCGGUCUCCGGCGUGACCUUCACCAACAUCCAGCUUUCCGGCAUCACCGACUACGGUGUUGUCAUUCAGCAGGACUAUGAUGGUGAUGAUGGCAGCCCUACCACUGGUAUCCCCAUCACCGACCUGACUGUGCAACGUGUUGCCGGUACUGUUGAGGAUGACGCGACCCCCAUCUACAUCAUGUGCGGUGAUGGCAGCUGCUCCAAUUGGACCUGGUCUGGCGUGAGUGUCACUGGUGGCAAGAACGAUGAGUGCAAGAACGCGCCCUCUGCUGUGUCGUGCUAA